AUGACAACUGCAAAUCACCCGUUGACAGUCAAGAAUUUAAUGGAGGCUAGCGCUAGGGGCGGUAGCACCACCAGCACUAUUAUCAACACUAAUGUUAACACUGAUUUCAUAGAUAAUAGCGAUACCGAUGUUGAGGAAGGUCUGAGGCUCGGCCGUUGUGUGGAUCAGUGUCACACACCGCUGAUUUACCUGGGAACAAGGGAUGCAUCUGUGGACUCUGUUGACAGUAACUCCACAAUGUCUACAAUAAAGCUUCCGGGGUCUGAGGAAGUAUCGAGAGGGAUGUUGGAAGCACCACCAAACCUCGUGAGGAAGAAAUCAGGAGAGUUGGUGAAAUCUUCUAUGAAGUUAAAUGGUUUACCUAGACUGAUUUCAACUUCUCAAAUAUCGAGCGGUAAAUCCGUUCGUUUUGCCUCUAGGUUGACAAAUGUGAAAAUGUUUGAUGGAAGAGAGCUGCCUUCAGUUGUAUCUACAAAUGAGAAUACCCCAGUCCAUUCUCCACAAAAUGUCGAUGACGAUUAUUUUGGCUCCAAGGGGUACUUUCAUUGGGGAUGGGAUGACGAUGAAAUAAGCGAUAUAACUUCUGACACUUCGUCGGAUGAUGAAAACAUCUUAAAUGGUCCCCCAAGAGUAAAAUACGACAUUGCGUACACGGAUUUGAAGCCUGCUAAGAAUAUAUACGACAAGCAAGAUCUUGCUUGUUAUUUGCAGUCAGUGAAAUUGACAUCAGACAGAACCACUUUAACAGGUUUAAUAAUGGUCAAAAAUCUAGCUUUUGAAAAGCACCUCUCUAUCAAAUUGUCACCAGACAACUGGAAUUCGUGUCUUAUACUUAAUAACGUAAAUUAUUCGAAGUCAUUUGCGUCUAUAGGUUUUGACCAAUUCAAGUUUCAGAUACCGUUAACAAAUAUGCCUAGAUCGAUUAACCUCGAAAUAGUCAUUAAAUAUGAGGUACUUGGUUCAACAUUUUGGGAUAAUAAUAAGGGGCACAAUUACCACAUUAAUUUAAAACCUUUUGUUGAAUCUAGCAACACUAUUAAAAAUUACAAUUAUGACUUCAAGAGUUUGGCUCCAGAAUGUGAUGAACUUGUCAAUAAGUUGCUUAAAUUUAAAUAUGAAGAUGAUCUAAGUAUCAAACAUGACUUGUAUAAUGAUGAUGAUCUCAAUCCAAAGCAAAUUCUCAACAACAAUCCAACAAAAAACAAAUCGGAAUUUCAUAAUAGAUACAAUAUAAAUGAUGAAUUGGACAAACCAAGAUCUUAUCCUCCGAUUGAUCCUACUAUAGAAAACAAAAUUAGGCAGGUAAGGCCUGCAUUGAAAUCUUCAUUUUCAACUUCCGAUAUAUUAAAUGUUAAGCCUACGAGAUAUUCGCAAUCUUUCAAGUCAAAGCAGAAGAUUAAUCAAAGUACUACUUCGGUGAAUGAUACUCAAUUCAAUUCAAAGUCUUAUUCUGAUUUAUUACAAGCAUACUGUUUUUAUAACGGAGACAAUAAUGAGAAUAGUGACAGGACAGCGGCUCCAGCCACAUUUACGAAUCCUUCUUAUAUAAGUUCACCAGCGUCAACUUUCAAUUCAUUGAGCGAUUCAAUCCAUUUGUGA